AUGGCUACUGCUCCAUUAACCUCUUCCAUCUCUGCUGGGUUCACUUCCUCCACUCAAUCUUCCACCAUUUCCACCUCCACUCAAUCCUCCACCAUGUCAACCACUAUGUCCACCACAUCAUCACCUGAGACCUCUCCCUCUGUUACUAAUUUUCUCUCCAUCAAAUUGGAUCGUACCAACUAUGCACUCUGGUUGGCUCAAAUUCUAGAUAAAAUAGCACCAUACCUUCAAAUUCUGGAUCUUGGUUCUAUUCACUAUUUUCUUGGUGUUGAAGCUUCAUAUGAUGGACCUGUUCUAUAUUUGACCCAAAAGAAAUACAUUGUUGAUUUGCUACAUCGCACAAAUAUGCAUGAAGUCAAACCUUGUACAACUCGGGCUCCUUCUGGACAAAAAUUGAGUCUUUAUGAUGGUGAAAAACUCUCUGAUCCCAGUGAAUAUCGAAGUGUUGUGGGUGCUCUCCAGUAUCUUACUUUAACUCGCCCUGACAUUUCUUACUCAGUGAAUCAAGUUUGUAAGUUCAUGCAUUGCCCAACCACUGUUCAUUGGACGGCUGUGAAGCGCAUUCUUCUUUAUUUGAAGUACUCAAUUCAUCAUGGUUUAAAAUAUCAACCUGGUUCCCUAUUCAUUAGUGCCUACUCUGAUGCGGAUUAUGCAGGUGAUCCGGAUAAUAGACAAUCUACAGGUGGUUAUUGUGUUUAUUUGGGUCCGAAUUUGAUUUCAUGGAGUUCAAAGACUCAUAAAACUGUUUCUCGAUCGAGUGCCGAAGCGGAGUACCGCCAACUAGCAUUUACUGCAGCUGAGAUUUCAUGGAACGAAGCCAUGUUCUGUGAUCUUAGUUUAUUUCUCCAAUGUCCUACCAUUUGGUCUGAUAAUCUCUCCGCGAUUGCUAUAGCUUCGAAUCCCGUCUUUCAUGCUCGUACAAAGCAUGUUGAGGUCGAUUACCAUUAUGUUCGGGAAAAAGUUGUCAAUAAGGAACUUCAAGUCUUGUUUGUUUCUACUACAGAUCAGGUAGCCGACACCUUUUGUAAAGGUCUGUCAUCCUCCAGGUUUCAUUUUCUUGUCUCCAAGCUUCCUGUUCUUCCUAGACCACUCAGCUUGCGGGGGAGUGAUAAACCAAUCAUUAAUUGA